GGUUGACGUUUGUUUGGCAUCAGACAGUUAAUUCGCUUAUUAUUGUAUAGCAGUCAUGCACAGACGGGGGCAUGGAAUUGGUGCUAUCAAAAAGAAGGAUCUGGCUCAGGCUCGUUACAAAGACAAGGGAACAGAGAUAGCAGAGGACCAGGUAUCACAGAUGGCAAAACAAAUGGAAAAGUUUAAGGAAAACUUGGAAGAUUUUGCUGCCAAACACAAAGAAGACAUCAGAAAAGAUCCGGAAUUUAGGGUACAAUUCCAGGAAAUGUGUGCUUCGAUAGGAGUGGACCCUCUGGCAUCCAGUAAAGGAUUCUGGGCAGAAAUGUUGGGAGUUGGCGACUUUUACUACGAAAUUGGUGUUCAAAUUAUAGAAGUGUGUAUAGCUACAAGUCACAGAAAUGGAGGUCUAAUUGGUAUAGAAGAACUUCGGGACAGGUUAGUGAAAUCCAGGAGCAAGAAAAGUCAGGAUAUUAGCAUAGAUGAUCUUUUACGAGCAAUUAAAAAGUUGAAGGUAUUAGGUAACGGGUUUACUGUAAUACCUGUAGGACGUACCUUUCUAGUCCAGAGUGUACCUGGGGAGCUCAGCAUGGACCACACGAUGCUUCUACAGCAAGCACAGGAUUCGGGUUUUGUUACAAAAGCAGACUUGCUGUCAAGACUGAAAUGGGAAGAGGAGAGAGCUGUGCGAGCUCUGGACUUUAUGGUAAAGGAAGGUUUGGCGUGGCUAGAUGACCAGGCGACACCAGAGAGGCAGUACUGGUUUCCAAGUUUCUUUCCAUACACGUCUGUGGCGUCUUGAAAUAAAGAUUUACCAGAUGGAUAUAAAACAUAUUGAAUCUGGAAUAGAAUAGUGAUGUGCUGGAAAAGGAAAUUAGAAUCAGGAAUUACAUUUGAGAGGAUGCAGUUCAUAAGGAUUAUGAAGGAAUAUGUUAAACUCGUAAUCAGAGAGAGCCUGUGAUAUACCAGGUAAAGAAGCCACUGUAUUUUAGUGUUAGUAGAUAUAAAUCUGCAUCCUUCAUACAAUGAAACAUGUUAUAAUGAUUUUUUUAACUGCUACCUUUCAAACCUGUUAUGGAACUGUCCUAUCUGCCAGUAUUUUAUUACUUCCUUGAUACUAUCGUCACUGAAUAGGCAAAAACCCAGCAUUAACGUAAAAAUAAUCUGGCAGUUUAUCAAAGUAUCACUAUUGUCAUAUAUAUAACAUAUUGAAUUGUUACACUGUACUGUAGAAUUAUUGUUUUAGUGCAAUAAAAC